AUGCGAGACACGGCAGCCACCAGCGCCUAGUAGCCAGCCAUGAUUGUGAUGAGCAUCUGGUGCAGCAGCCUCAGCCUGAGCAGCCGCAGCCUGGCCAUCGCCCUGGUGAUCUGCGUGACUCUGGUCUACUUCUCCUACAGCUUCAACGCCUGCCUCCUGGCCAGCAUCAGUCGCAGCCUGCAGCAGAGCAACUUACGCAACCUACUGGCGCUGACCUCCUCGCCCCGCAACGAGACCACUAACGCCGCCAACAGCAGCAGCAGCAUCAGCAGCAGAAGCAGCAGGAACAGCUCCUCCACCACCGGUGCACCACCGGCGCAGACGGUGACCAGCAGCCUGGAUGGGGCGCCCAAGUAUCAGCUGCUCCGGCAGCAGGGCCUCCGACCAUCGCGCCACCUGCCCGACACACUCAUCAUCGGCGUGAAGAAGAGCGGGACGCGGGCGCUGCUCGAGUUCAUCCGCCUGCAUCCGGACGUCCGGGCCGCCGGCUCGGAGGUGCACUUCUUCGACAGGCACUACCAGCGGGGACUGCGCUGGUACCGCCACCACAUGCCGUACACCAUCGAGGGCCAGAUCACCAUGGAGAAGACGCCCAGUUACUUCGUCACCAAGGAGGUGCCGCAGCGCGUCUACCACAUGAAUCCGGCGACAAAAUUGCUGAUUGUGGUGCGGGAUCCGGUGACGCGGGCCAUCUCCGACUACACGCAGGCGGCGAGCAAGAAGGCGGACAUGAAGCUCUUCGAGCAGCUGGCCUUCGUCAAUGGGAGCUACUCGGUGGUGGACACCAACUGGGGGCCGGUGAAGAUCGGCGUCUAUGCCCGCUACCUGGAGCGCUGGCUGCUCUACUUUCCGCUCUCGCAGCUGCUCUUCAUCAGCGGCGAGCGGCUGAUCAUGGAUCCCGCCUACGAGAUUGGACGCGUGCAGGACUUCCUCGGCCUGAAGCGCGUGGUCACCGAGAAGCACUUCUACUUCAAUGCCACCAAGGGCUUCCCCUGCCUCUUCAAGUCGGAGGCCCGCUCCACGCCCCACUGUCUGGGCAAGACCAAGGGUCGCAACCACCCGCACAUAGAUCCCGGGGCCAUCGAGCGACUCCGGGAGUUCUACCGGCCCUUCAACAACAAGUUCUACCAGCUGACGGGCAUCAACUUCGCCUGGCCAUAGGAUCCACGGCUGGGUGAGUAGACGGAACUGGGAUACAUACUCGUACAUAGAUGGCUAGUACCACAAUGGCGUGGCCAGGAUCACCUGGAGCAGCUAGGCACUUUCACCGACCUGCUCAAUUUACAUAUCAUAUCCCAUUGGAGUAUGCUUGACUAUCCCUAAUCCCUAAUAACUGGUAUCAAUUUCCGUUUCAGCAGGCGUGAAAUGAAUGGAGUUUGAGAAUUUGAGAAAUUGAGAUAUUGAGAUAUUGUUGUUGCUGGCCAGGCAACGGACUGAUAUUGUUGAUUGCAUUUUUGAUACAUAUAAUUGUACUUAUAUAUAUAGUAUAUACACACACAUAAAAUUAGUGCUCAAUUAAUUGUAGCUUUAUCAGGAGACAAAUUCAACAAAGUGCGCCCCCUGAAAAGUCCGCACUCAAACAAUACGGUUCCUCACUCCUCAUUCCUCAUUCAAAUGAAACUCAACUCACUUUCCCACUAUACUCGAGAAUCAAGCAGUUGGACGUGGAGGAGCCACGUUCGAUCCGAGAUGGACAUGGUUCCCCCGCCCACUGGG